AUGGGCUACGGCGCCACCGACUCGGCCGAGCGGUCGCAGCCUCGCAGCGACGACGACGACGGCAGCAUCGACUUCGGCGGUGACGAUGCCGCCAUUGUCCCCAAGGGUACCCUGGAUCCUGUCUAUGAAGUCAAAGCUCGGCUUCUGAAUCGCGCUAUCCGUGAUAUUGGCAUGGGGAGGUACCAAUGGCAGCUUUUCAUCGUCGUCGGCUUCGGCUGGGCAAGCGACAACCUGUGGCCCAUCGUCACCUCGCUCAUCCUCCCCGCCAUUGCCAACGAGUUCAACGUGUCGCGGCCGCCGCUCUUCACUCUUGCGCAAAACAUCGGUCUCCUUGCCGGGGCGAUAUUUUGGGGGUUUGGAUGUGACAUCUUCGGCCGCAAAUGGGGUUUCAAUCUUACUCUUGGCCUGACGGCGGUUUGGGGACUGACCGCGGCCAGCGCUCCCAAUUUCGCUGCCGCCGGCGUUUUCGCUGCGCUGUGGUCGUUUGGUGUUGGUGGCAAUCUGCCCGUUGACUCGGCCAUCUUCUUGGAGUUCCUCCCCCAGUCACACCAGUAUCUGCUCACCAUCCUGUCAUUGGACUGGGCGCUCGCCCAGGUAAUUGCCAACCUGGUGGCCUGGCCGCUGCUUGGCAACAUGACGUGCGACGAGAAGGAAAAGCCGUGUCUUCGCAGUCGCAACAUGGGCUGGCGCUACUUUGUCAUUUGCAUGGGCGGGCUGACCCUGCUCAUGUUCCUCGCCCGAUUUGUACUCUUUACAAUCCACGAAUCGCCAAAGUAUUUGAUCGGCAAGGGACGGGACGAUGAAGCCGUUCGUGUCAUCAACGAGGUGGCUAAGCGAAACGGAAAAGCCGUCACUCUGACCAUUGAAGACCUCAAGGCGUGCGAACCCGAAGGAUAUGUCGCCCGCACAGACGCGGCCGCGGCAGUCAAACGGCACCUGGAAAAGGUCGAUGCCAAAAAGGUCAAGGUGCUUUUCGCCACGACGCGAAUGGCUCUCAGCACCAGUGUCAUGAUGGCCAUUUGGGCGCUGAUUGGACUGGCGUAUCCUCUGUACAACGCCUUCCUACCUUAUAUCCAGGCCAGCAAAGGCACGCAGUUUGACGACGGCAGCACGUACAUCACCUAUCGGAACAGUCUCAUCAUUUCCACCCUCGGUGUCCCCGGGGCGCUUAUCGGGGGCGUGCUCGUGGAACUGCCCCGGGUCGGACGAAAGGGCACGCUCUCCGUCUUCACGGCGCUCACCGGCGUCUUUUUGUAUUGCUCCACGACAGCGCUGAGCAGCACCUCUCUUCUCGGCUGGAACUGUGCGUUCAACUUUUGCAGCAACGUCAUGUACGCGGUACUCUACGGAUAUACACCCGAAGUCUUCCCUACCCCCCAACGGGGAACCGGCAAUGCUUUGACGGCCACGUGCAACCGAGUGUUUGGCAUCAUGGCGCCCAUCGUUGCCAUGUUUGCCAAUCUUCAGACCGCAGCCCCGGUGUACACAAGCGGCGCAUUGUUUAUCGCUGCAGGCGUGCUGGUCUUGCUAUUGCCAUUUGAGUCAAGAGGGAAAGCGGCGCUUUGA